AUGACUAUUACAGUUACCUCUUAUGUCCGUGAAGAUACAGAAGACUGGGAGCAUCACUUGGCAGCUGUUGUCAUCCUAAUCGGUUGGGUGGAGUUGCUGUUGCUCAUUGGCCGCUUUCCAGUCUUUGGCUUAUAUGUACAGAUGUUCACUCAUGUUACAAAAAACUUUGGAAAGUUUUUAUUUGCUUAUAUUUCCCUUAUUAAUGCAUUUUCCCUAAGUUUUGGUGUUCUCUUUCCAAAUCACCCUCCCUUCAGACUGUAUGCCCUAAGACUUGUAAAAACAUUAGUCAUGAUGACAGGAGAAAUUGAAUAUGAUACAUGGUUUUUCAAUGAUGAUAAAACUAUCAUGUACCCUGGAACAUCUCACAUAAUAUUUGUUAUUUUCUUAAUAUUUGUAACAAUAAUACUAAUGAAUUUACUUGUUGGCUUGGCUGUCUCCGAUAUCCAAGGUCUUCAGAAAUCAGCUGGUUUGGAUCGUCUGGUGCGCCAGACAGAGUUGAUUGCACAUUUUGAGUCCUUCAUGUUUAGCAAGUGGUUUGCAUGGGCUAUGCCAAAAGGAAUUCUUAGUUUCCUACACCGCAGUAUUCUUCUGUGUCCCUCUUUGUAUGGGAAGACUUUAGUGCUUUCUCCCAAGAUGCUUCAAGACACUGGCCUUCCUCAAGAACUUGUUGAAGUUAUACUUAACACUGCUCGGGCUAGAGAUCGUGCCUCACGUCGCAGGAAUGCAUUUGCUAAUUUUCGAAAUUUGAGCAAGUCUGCGCAGUACUCUAGUGAUGCAGAUGGAGAUAUGCAGAAAAGCAUUGAUGCCCUACGUUUUGGUCUAGACUUACUUGUGUGGGAUGUAGAUGCACGACAAGAAAACAAUGUGCAGAUAAAAGAAGCUCUGGCCACUCUAUCAGAUGAAAUUGUUCAUGUGAGCAAGUGUGUUGAUACCUUAGUAGAAUCCAGGAUGUGCCCAAACUGUCAACAGCAGUUAGAAGGCAAAGAUGAACGGACGAGUGUGUACUCAUCGUGUGACUCCUUAAACAUAAAGAUCAUACAAGGUUCCACUACAGCACUUUAG